AUGUCGAUAAGCAAGUUUCGCAUGGCCCUGCUUCAGACUGCGGUGAGUCACAACAAAAAAGAAAACCUCGAUAGAGCAAGCAGGCUAAUCAAGAAGGCGGCUUCUGCGGGAGCCAAGGUACUCUGCCUCCCAGAAUGUUUCACCUUCCCGUACGAACCGAAGUACUUUCCACGGUACGCCGAGAAAAUUCCCGGCGAAACCAGCGAGAUGUUAUCCUGCAGCGCUAAGGAAAACCAGGUCUACCUCGUUGGCGGAUCCAUGUCGGAGAGUGAAGCUGAAAAACUCUACAACACCUGCCUGGUCUACGGACCAGACGGUUCGAUGCUGGCCAAGCACCGCAAGGUUCACCUCUUCAACGUCAACAUUCCUGGCAAAAUUAUCUUUAAUGAGUCGGAGUUCUUAGCAGCUGGACACAAAGUGACCACAUUUGACACUCCGUUCUGUAAAGUGGGUGUCGGGAUCUGCUACGACAUGGCGUUCUCACCCUUUGUGCUAAUGUAUACGCAGCUUGGUUGCAAGUUGCUGGUGUUUCCAGGAGCAUUCAACAUGGUAACUGGUCCGCUUUACUGGGAAAUACUUUCCAGGUGUAGGGCGGCGGAAAGCCAGGUGUACUUAGCCUCGGUGUCGCCGGCGAGAGAUGAAGCAGCAUCUUACGUCAAUUGGGGACACAGCAUGUUGGUCAAUCCGUCCGGCAAGGUGAUAGGGUCGGCGGCCUCUGGCGAGGAGCUCGUGCUUGCUGACGUGGACUUAGAUUAUCUGGAUUUGAUGAGGUAUCAGUUGCCCAUGAGCAAACAUGGGAGGAAUGAUUUGUACAAAAUAGUGACCUCCACAAAUGGGGAAACUAACGCGACGGCUUCCUAA